AUGUUUUUCAUUUCUUUCUCAUUUGGUGUUUAUAUAGUUACAAAGCAGGCACUAAGGUCAGUUCCGCCUGAUGGGUUAUGCAUGGACAAGUUCUUGAUUCAGAGCACAGUUGUCCCUGUUGGGACCACUGGUGAGGAUAUUACGUCAAGCAUGUUUGAUAAAGAUAAUGGCAAAUAUGUUCAAGAGAACAAGCUCAAAGUGAUCCUUGGCAGCCCUCCUCAUUCGUUGGUACUAUCACCAAUAAAUGGAACAUUGAAGCAGGUGCCAGUUUAUGAAGCUGCAUUACUGAAAGAUCAAGAUGCGGAGGAGUCCAAAGUGGAAUUCAAAGCAAUGAAGGAUGUGGAGGAGCUGAAGUUGGUUAAAGAUGUUGAGGAGAUUAAGUCAAAACUAAAUACACUCGAGAUAAAGCUAACCAAGGCUGAAGCAACCAUUUUGAAGCUAAUAGAAGAGAGGAGAUUGAUUGCUCAAGAGGGAGAAAUUUUACGGCAAGAAUUGGAGUUGCGUGAUCUGUACAAUUGGAGUUCCAUGUUUGGGAUUACAUUAUUAAAGACUAAGAGGAUGUUUG